AUGGCACCAGUGGCCUUGCAGCCUCUGCCCUCCAUGCCUACAGCACCGGUGGAUGCCCAGCCUCUUCCCUCCAUGCCCACGGCACUGGUCACCACCCAGCCUCUUCCCUCCAUGCCCACGGCACCGGUCACCACCCAGUCUCUGCCCUCCGUGCCCACUGCACCAGUCACCACCCAGUCUCUGCCAUCUGAAUUCCAUAAGGUGGUCCAAGCCAAAAUCAGAAAGACUAACAGGGAACUUUUUAAGAGAGUUAAGAGCACAGAAGACUCCGAAGAAUUCAAAAUAGGAAAUACAAAGGACACCAACUGGUCAGAAUCUGACAGUGUGCGAAAAGAAACCCUUUAUCCACCAAAGGAAGAUGCUCUUGUUAAAAUGGUAACAUAUCUAUACCACAAAAAACGAAUUCCAGCAAUCCUGCCUACUGAAGUAUGCGCUCCACCUGACUUUCAUAACUUUCCCAAGCACCUAAUACCUGCCGAGACAUCAUGUAGCCUCAGUCCAGGAAUUGUCCCACUGACUAAUCCUGUUCUAAUUUCCUCAAAAGCCAAAAUUGUUACCUUCUAUGGCACAGUUGAAGGUGUAGCCACAUAUUGCAAACAGUGUGAGCUGUGUGGCCAGGUCUACAGAUUUCAGGAAUGGAGUGGAGGUCUUCAUAACUUUAAUGACCACAUCAUUCUCAGCAUUCAUUUAUGUCUGUUCUUAAGGAACUCGCUCCAGAAUCACACUUCCAUUGGAAAUGCUAUAGAUAUCCUUGAACUGACCGCAAACCAAAAGUUUCCCAAGCGAGACUGUCUUUUGCAUGGAUACCUCCAUUUUGAGGCACUCUCAGCACAUGAAUAUAACUAUUCUUGCAUACGUUGUGGAUUUCAUCCUCCAGUAGUAGUGGUGGACCUUCACAAGAAAGGAGUUUCUAGUAUGCCUGCCAGUGAAAUAGAAGAAACCCCAACAGAUUAUGAUGGCAAAGUAAAUGUGGAAGAGUUUUGGGAGUCAAUUGGUAGCCAUACAAGAAAAUCGAGCGCCGUGCUCAACACUGAAUUUGCUAAAAUUCCUCAAGUUCAGGAACCUGAGGAGGCUUCUGAUAUAUUUGUCACUGAAGACAGAUUAUGUGGUGAGCUCACAAAUUUAAAGGUUGCUGCAUUGAGGAAGUUAGUAAAGAAUUGUUGUCUGUCUCCAAAAGGAUCCAAAAUGGACCGAAUACAAAGAUUAAGAAAUCAAAUGCAAAAUCGAGCCACCUAUGAUGAGCGUCAGGUGGCUGGGCUGUUGUGAUGUGUCCCUGUGCUGUUGUGUACUCGAUCAAAUUUAACAUUCGUGCAGAGAGUCCAAGGAACUAUGCAGACAUUUUACUGUCUUGGAAGCACUUUCCAAAUAUCUGCAUUUAUGAUUUUGCAAGAGGAUUAGCCACACAUACCAAUCUGAGGGUGCCACAGGUUCAGCCUUUCAGUCCAAAUGAGGGAAGACUUGCCGAAUCAACGCCCGAAAAUAUUGUGCUUGCCAAAAAGGGAGAAUUGAGGAUUAAC